AUGGGGCUCUCGACUAUUGUCACCGCCUCCAUUUUGGCCAUGCGCCUCUUUACUCUCCCGGCUUCAGCUGCUCCCCAGGCCGCGAUUCCUGUUCCGGCGACUCCUGAAUACAGCGCUCCUGUUACUCCUGAGUACAGUGUUCCGGCGGCUCCUGAGUACAGCGCUCCUGUUGCUCCCGCCGCUGCUGGAUCCUGGUGGAUGUCCUCCAUCAAGCGUCAAGGUGCCGUUGCCUACGGCAAUUCCGCUAAUUACAAGAUUUUCCGCAACGUCAAGGACUACGGUGCCAAGGGUGAUGGAAGCUCCGAUGACACCGCGGCCAUCAACGCCGCAUUCUCUGAUGGCAGUCGUUGCGGCAAGGGCUGUGACUCUACCACCGUCACUCCCGCUCUUGUUUACUUCCCUCCCGGUACCUAUGUCGUCUCCAAGCCUAUCCUGCCUUACUACUACACUCACAUGAUUGGUGAUGUCAACAAUCUCCCCGUCCUCAAGCCCACUGCCAACUUUGAGGGUAUGGCUGUCAUCGACGUCGAUCCCUACAACAACGACGGUUCCAACUGGCACACCAACCAGAACAACUUCUUCCGCCAGGUUCGCAACUUCAAGAUCGACCUCACUGGUAUGCCCAAGAGCUCCGGCACCGGUAUCCACUGGCAGGUUGCUCAAGCCACCUCUCUUCAGAACAUUGUCUUCCAGAUGAUCGAGGACCCUAGCGAGGACAACAAGCAGCAGGGUAUCUUCAUCGACAACGGCUCCGGUGGCUUCAUGACCGAUCUCACCUUCAUCGGUGGUAGAUAUGGUGGUUUCUUCGGCAGCCAGCAGUUCACCAGCCGCAACAUGACCUUCCGCAACUGCCAGACUGCUGUUUACAUGAACUGGAACUGGCUGUGGACCCUCAACGGCCUCGACAUCUCCGGCUCCAAGGUCGCUAUUGACAUGACCGCUGGCGGAGGCGUUCAGAACGUUGGCUCCAUCCUCCUUACCGACAGCAAGAUCGCCAACACUCAGGUUGGCAUUCUCUCCAACUACGACCCUGCCCAGCCUGGUACCAACGGUACCCUCAUCAUUGACAACGUCGACAUGUCUUCCGUUCCUGUCGCUGUUAAGAACGGUGGUACCAGUGCUACCAUUCUCGCUGGCAACACCAAGAUUGCUUCCUGGGUUCAAGGUCGCGCCUACACUGGUGGCAACGGCGAGGCUGUCCAGGCCACACAGACUCCUAUUGAGAAGCCCAAGGCUAUCCUCGAUAGCAACGGCAAUAUCGUCACCAAGAGCAAGCCUCAGUACAACGGUGUUCCCGCCUCCAGCUUUGUUUCCGUCAAGUCCAAGGGUGCCAAGGGUGAUGGUAAGACCGACGAUACUGCUGCCAUCCAGGCUGUCUUUGAUGGCGUCCAGGAGGGACAGAUUGUCUACUUUGACCACGGCGCCUACGUCAUGACCGACACUGUCAAGGUUCCCAAGAACAUCAAGAUUGUCGGCGAGAUCUGGCCCCUCAUCAUGGCCGGUGGCGACAAGAACUUCAAGGACCAAGCCAACCCCAAGCCUGUCUGGCAAGUCGGCGAGUCUGGCGAUGUCGGCAACGUCGAGAUCCAGGACCUCAUGUUCGAGACCCUCGGACCCCAGCCCGGUGCCAUUCUUAUGGAGUUUAACGUUGCUGGUGAGACUCCUGGUUCUGCCGGUCUCUUUGACGUCCACUUCCGCCUCGGCGGCUCUGCUGGUACUCAACUCCAGUCCGACACCUGCAAGAAGACUCCCAACGUCAAGACCGAACCCAAGCCCGAGUGCAUGGGUGCUUUCAUGCUGUUCCACAUGACCAAGGAUUCAAGCUGCUACCUCGAGAACACCUGGUUCUGGGUUGCCGACCACGAGCUCGACCGUUCUGACCACUCUCAGAUCAACCUCUACAACGGCCGUGGUGUCCUGAUUGAGAGCACCAAGGGUGCCUGGCUGUGGGGUACCGCUUCCGAGCACAGUGUCCUCUACAACUACCACCUCCAAGAUGCCGCCAAUGUCUACAUGUCGCUCAUCCAGACCGAGACCGCCUACAUGCAGGGCAACCCUGAUGCCACUGUCCCCUUCACUGUCAAUGCCAAGUACCACGACCCUGACUUCAAGGCCACUUGCACUGGCAACUCCAAACGAUGCGCCCGCACUUGGGGUGUCCGCGCUGUCGGCUCCAAGGAUAUCUUCAUCUUUGGUGGUGGUCUUUACAGUUUCUUUGACAAUUACGAUCAGGUCUGUGUCGGCGAGAACAACUGUCAAGACAACAUGAUCAGCAUCGAGAGCUCCAAGGUGCACCUUUACGGUAUCAGCACCAAGGCCAGUGUCAGCAUGGUCAACGUCGAAGGCAAGCCUGUUGCCCUGGACAAGGACAACCGCAACAACUUUUGCGCGGCCAUUGCCCGCUUCUCUUCGUAG